CACCUGCACCUGCAACACCACUUGGUUCAUUAAGUGGCUCACAGCACCACAGUCACCAUCCCCCUUCUGGCCACAGACGUGACCUGCGACACCCCGGUGGCCCAGCGAGGUUGCUUGGUCCUCACGGUGGACAUGCUGGCCUGCCAGUAUCACUACCUGUCCCUUGUGCUCUACAUCCUGCUGACGUCCACGCUGCUCGUCUUCGUCACCCUAGCCGUCUCCAGCCACCUCUUCCUCUGGGACAUCUGGUAUGUCUACCACUUCUGCGUGGCCAAACUCAAAGGCUACGGCCGCCAGCCCUCGUCGCAGAGCUGUCCGUACGACGCCCUCGUGGUGUACGAGAAGAAGGACCCGGCGGUGAGCGAAUGGGUGAUGAACGAGCUGUGCGUUCAGCUGGAGGAGCGGGGGGACCGGCCCCUCCGGCUGUGCCUGGAGGAGCGGGACUGGAUCCCUGGGUGUCCGGUGGUGGACAACCUGUGCCAGAGCAUCCAUCAGAGCAAGAGGACGGUGUUCGUCCUCACCAACCACGACGUGAAGAGCGGAAACUUCAAGACGGCGUUCUACAAGGCGCACCAGCGGCUCAUGGAUGAGAAGUAGGGAUGGGAAUUUCACGAUUCCGAUUCUGCUUAUCGAUCCGAUUCCUUAUCGAUUCUCUUAUCGAUUCUCAUUGGGUGAGAAAAUAAGGACAAAUGUGUUUGUUUGUAUUAAAUCUCUUUAAUAUCUGAUCAGAAGUGCGUCUAGUAUUAGGAAAUUGUACAUUUUCACAUGAAUUGGUCUAGACAAAAAAAUAUAUGUUUGGCUUUUUAAGCCCAAAUGCCAUCCUUAUGUGCCAAAAAACUAAAAACACAGACUGAAAACAGUCAAGUAAGAGCUUGUGUCUUUUGGCAGGGCCGUCCCUGGGCAUAGGCAGUUUUGGCAAAUGCUACGGACGCAUCCAUCAGCAGGGGGCGCCCAAAAUAUGGGAUUUUUUAUUUUUUGGAUACUGUAUUCAUCUAACUUUAACUUCAAUGUUUAUGUUUCUUAAUACCAAUAGUUAUGUCAAAAUAAAUAUUAGAUAACAUAACCCCCCCCACAGACUACCUGAAUCGGGAGGUUGGGAGGGGCGAGUUACC